ACCAGAAAAAAUUCAAAAUCGUGUUUUAGGGGUUUUAAGCUAUGUUUCAAUUCGCUUCCGCUAACCUUGAUUGCAGAAACAUGGAUUUAAACCCAAGGAACUGAAGUGGUCACUUUAGGACAUAUCCAUGUCCUCAUUGGGCUGAACUGUCAGAAAUGGCGCGAUCAGGUUGAGUUCUACAUGUCCAUGAACCAGAACAUGGAUCUUUGCUUCAAUGAGGAACAGCCUGAAGAGCUUGAUGGACAGCAAUGCUGAGGAUAAGAAGCAGUACAAGGAAUGGUGGAGAGCAAACCAGAUGGCAAAAAAUGUCAUCCGAAGCACCAUUUCAGACACUGAGAAACUGUGUGGUGGAACCUGAACUUGCAAUUGACUUCAUGGAGAACAUCAGGCAGAAAUUCAAGGAGCGUAGUAAGGCAGAAGGAGCUAACCUGUCAAGGAAACUCCAUGAGCUCAAGUUCAGUGGAGCUGGAAGCAUCAAAACCCAUAUCAUGCAACUUGAAGAAAUAAAUAAUAAGCUCAAAGACCUGUAUAUGGGAGUCAACGAUGCUCAAAUGGUGCACAUAGCCCUGGAGUCCCUUCCUGUUGACUACAGCAAUCUGAAGAGUAACUACAACUCACAGAAAGGGAAAUGGGAGAUUGAUGAACUCAUCUCUAUCUGCGUUAAUGAGCAGGAGAGAAUUCAGAAGGACAAGAAAGAGGCUGCAUCUAUGACAUCUGUGAAUCUGAUGGGGAAACACACGGGGAAAAAGGAGAAUAACAACCUCAAGCCCAAGAAGCAGAUCGCAAAACCCUCCAAGAAGGACUGA